AUGAGCACUAUUUCUCAAAAAUUGAGGCAUGGUGAUAGGUGUGUUAAUCCUUUUAACGACGCUGAUAAUCAUAUCGGAAAAAACUUACGUUCCAUUACUUCGUCAUUGCUCAAAAAAUUCCCUUCAUUAGAUCCGAAAUCAAAAAUUUGCCAUUCAUGUAGAAAGAGAGCAUAUGCAUUGAAUACAUCCGAUCUUGAUGUCAGUAAUGAAAACCUCAACACCACUAAUCUUAGUACUGAACAAUCCGAAGGGAAACGUUAUCAAAAAACGAUUUCAAGAGAAGAAGAGUUGGAAGAGAUAUUGAAUGCUUUGAAAGAUAAGUUCUCCAGCUUACCAUACAAUGACCCUGAUCGAAUGCGCAUAUUAACUAUCGCUCCUCUAAGUUGGUCCAUUCGAAAGAUUGCGUCAAAGUUCGGUACCACAAUACACAUGGCUAAAAAAGCGAAAGAUCUCAGAGCUUACCCGACGAGACAGUUGAGAAAGUGAAACAAUUUUACGUCAAUGACUCAAAUAGUAGAAUCAUGUCCGGAAAAAAAGAAGUAGUUUCUUUAAAAAGUGAUGGGAAAAAAACUAUAGAACAAAAACGUCUUGUACUUUAUAAUCUGAAAGAGCUUCAUGCUAAGUACAAGGAAGAAAAUAUUGAUCAUCCUGUUGGUUUUUCCAAAUUUUGCCAAUUGCGUCCAAAAUAUUGUGUUCUUGCUGGUGCAUGCGGUACUCAUUCCGUGUGCGUUUGUGUUACGCAUCAGAACUGUAAGCUGAUGCUUGAUGCGAUCAAUGUAGCUUAUUUAACGAAGAACUUGGAAGAACCAAUUAAAGAUUAC